GGUGUCAUGCGGCUGGCGCCGAGGGAGGGGUGCCCGGGGCCGCAGCAGCAGUGAGCGGCGCCGCGCCGAGCCCCUGCGAUGACAGCCAUGAAGGAGCAGCCGGCGCACCCGGGCGGCAGGGGGAACCCGCCGCCGCCGCAGCCCGACCAGGAACUUGGAAGUAACAGCCCUCCGCAGAGGAACUGGAAGGGAAUUGCUAUUGCGCUGCUGGUGAUUCUAGUUGUUUGUUCACUCAUCACUAUGUCAGUCAUUCUUUUAACCCCAGAUGAACUCGCAAAUUCAUCAGAAAACAGAUUAUCUUUGGAGGAUCUCUUCAGAAAAGAGUUCAUAGUUCAUAAUCCAGAAGCCAAAUGGAUUAAUGAUACAGCAGUGGUGUAUAAAACCAGGAAUGGACAUGUUGUUGAACUGAAUGUAGAAACAAAUACAACUACGUUAUUACUGGAAAACACAACUUUUGUAACCUUCAAAGCAUCAAGAUACUCUGUUUCACCAGACUUAAGAUUUGUUCUUCUUGCAUAUGAUGUUAAACCGGUUUUUCAUUCUUCUUAUACAGCCUCAUAUGUGAUUUAUAACAUACACACGAGGGAAGUUUGGGAGUUAAACCCUCCAGAAGUAGAGGAUUCAGUUUUACAGUAUGCAGCCUGGGGUGUUCACGGACAGCAACUGAUUUAUAUAUUUGAAAAUAACAUCUACUAUCAGCCUGAUGUAAAGAGCAGCUCAUUGCGCCUGACAUCCUCAGGAAAAGAAGGAAUUAUUUUUAAUGGAAUUGCAGACUGGUUAUAUGAAGAGGAACUUCUUCAUUCCCACAUUGCCCACUGGUGGUCUCCAGACGGGGAAAGACUGGCCUUCCUGACCAUAAAUGACUCUCUGGUGCCCAACAUGGUGAUUCCCCGCUUCACGGGAGGGCUGUACCCCAAGGGAAAGCAGUAUCCAUAUCCUAAGGCAGGUCAAACAAACCCCACAGUAAAGCUGUUUGUAGUUAACCUGUAUGGACCAGCACAUACCCUGGAACUGAUGCCACCUGACAGCUUUAAGUCAAGGGAAUAUUAUAUCACCAUGGUGAAAUGGAUAAGCAACACCAAGGCUGUGGUGAGAUGGUUAAACAGAGCUCAGAAUAUCUCCAUCCUUACAGUUUGUGAAACCACAACUGGAGCUUGUACCAGGAAAUAUGAAAUGCAGUCAGACCUGUGGCUUCCUAAACAGAACGAGGAGCCCGUGUUCUCCAAGGAUGGCAGUAAGUUCUUCAUGACUGUGCCAGUGAAGCAGGGCGGCCGUGGCGAGUUCCACCACAUAGCCAUGUUCAUUGUGCAGGCUAAAAGUGAAGGAAUCAGUGUGAGACACCUGACGUCGGGGAACUGGGAGGUUAUCAAAAUCCUGGCAUAUGAUGAAAAUACUCAAAAGAUUUAUUUCUUAAGCACCGAAGAGUCCCCAAGAGGAAGACAGCUGCACAGUGUAUCGACAGUGGGGUCGUUGAACCGUCAGUGUCUCUCGUGUAACUUCCUGAAGGACCAGUGCACGUACUUCAGUGCAAAGUUCAGCCCCAUGAACAGGCAUUUUCUCCUGCACUGUAAAGGACCGGGAGUCCCAGUUGUAAGUGUGCACAGGACAAGUGAUACUGCAAAGUUUUAUAUUUUGGAAAAUAACCCUGUGUUGAAAGAAGUUGUUAUUAAGAAAAAGAAUUACAAGACUGAAAUCAAAAUGCUUCACAUUGAGGAUUACGAAUUCCCUUUACAGUUGUCACUGCCAAAAGAUUUCACGGAUCGAAACCAGUAUGCCCUUCUAUUAAUGAUUGAUGAAGCUCCAGGCAGCCAGUUGGUUACAGAUAAGUUUCACAUUGACUGGGACUCAGUGCUUGUCAACUCUGAUAAUGUCAUCGUAGCUCGAUUUGAUGGCAGAGGGAGUGGAUUUCAAGGCCUCAAGAUCCUACAGGAGGUCCAUCGAUGCUUAGGAUCAGUGGAAGUGAAGGACCAAAUAGCAGCUGUAGAAUCACUUCUGAAACAGCCCUUCAUUGAUCCCAAGAGACUGGGUAUAUUUGGAAAGGGGUAUGGUGGCUACAUUGCAUCCAUGAUCCUGAAAUCCAGCGAGAGGCUCUUCAAGUGUGGAGCUGUGGUGGCACCAAUCACAGACAUGAAGUUAUAUGCAUCAGCUUUUUCAGAAAGAUACCUUGGUAUUCCAUCAAAAGAUGAAAUUACUUAUCAGGCAUCCAGUGUAUUACACAAUCUUCAUGGUUUAAAAGAAGUGGAUUUGCUAAUAGUUCAUGGCACAGCUGAUGCUAAAGUUCACUUCCAGCAUUCAGCAGAACUAAUUAAGCGUCUAAUAAAAGCUGGGGCUAAUUACACUAUGCAGAUCUACCCAGAUGAAGGUCAUAACAUUGCUUCCGAGAAAAGCAAAUAUCACCUUUACAGCACAAUCCUUGGAUUUUUUAGUGCUUGUUUAAAGGAGGAGACACCAAUUUUACCACAGGAACCUGAAGAGGAUGAAUAAGAAAACCUAUUUGUGUUGUACUGAAGGGGACUUACUCUGCGGCUCAAUAAAACCUUAAAUAAAAGUGACUGUAAGAUUGCAGAUUCUGCAGAAGCUCAAGGGCAGCUAAAGGAUACCACAGUGGAACAGCACAUUUACAGACAAUGAGCUAAUAAACUGGAAUUCAGCUACAAAGUCCAAACAUAUUAGCAAGGGACAAAACCUUUACCUUUGUGGAAGGUCAACAGUUGGUUACAGUUUCCUGGAAGAACUUAGUUUUGCAUAAGUGUAGGGUUAGUGCAUGUUUGUUACGUUAAGCCUCACUGUUGGUUCUGUAAGUGGUUGCUUGUUUAUUUUAUUUUUAUUUUAUUUUUUUAUUUAAAUGCACAUCUUUAGUCAUCUUUGCAUAAGGCACAACCUAUCAUAAGUAUUAUGGCCACUAAUAUUCUAAAAGGUGAACUGCAAUCUAACACUGUAUUGUUACAAUAAGUGCAAUUCUUCUGCUGUCUAUUACACGUAAGAAACCACAGAGAUAAUAAAGGGCACGAUAUUUUCUCUACUUUCUGCUCAAAGGGGAUAUUGUCUAGUGCAUCAUAUAACAUGGAUAUUGAAAAUUAUUUCCCCCACACAAUUUCAGCAUUUACAAUUAUUACUGUACCUACUAGUAACCAAUAGGGGACUUUUUGGUGGUGUGCUCUUGGUCUUUAUGUAUAUACCCAGGAAUCCCUAAGCAGAAAAUCUUUACGAGCUUGAAGAAAUUUUUUCAAGGUGUAAUUGACAGCUGUAUUUAAAACAAUAUCUGCAAUUGAAAUCAUCCCCUGGUCCAAAAUGUAUCUAUUGUUUCCUUAAAAUAUGUUUGAGUUGUGUUUUGGUAUUGUUUAUAGUAGUUAAUAGUUUGCUGGUUACACUCUAAUUUUAGAAUAUGCUACUUUGUCACAUGUAAAUUAGAUACAUAAAUAUUGAAUUAUAGUUUCAGAUAAAGAAAGUUUAUUAACAAUGUAUAAUGCCAUUGAGUAAUACUUUACUCCCCAAAUGAAGACAUAUUUUGUAUAGUGCAUCUUCCUUUCCUCCCGUCUGGUCUCUGAUGUGCAUCAAGGUGGUGACGUAGCUCGAACACACCAUUAGUUCUUAUUCCAAGGCUGCUCAUUCAGUCUAUUGCAGCAAGAUUAGGCUUCAACAGCAUCACAGAGGAAUGAAAUGUUUUUCAUUCGAGGCAAAGGAAGAUCUGACAGGUUAGAUUUUAUUAUUUAUUCAGAGGGCGAGCCCCUCAUGCAUCCAUUUAUUUGCCAGGCAGAAGUACAGCAAUAGAAAGUGAAACUUUGAAAUAAACAAGGCAGCCAGUUUGGAUCUGCAGAAUAUUAACUCUGAUUGUGGAAAGCAAGUACAGUGUUGGUUUAAUUUGAGAUAUCUUCCUGAAGGUAUGUGAAAACUCCUGACAGAUGCUGUGCCACUUUUAGGGGAGUAGCUGUAGCUUUUUUAUUUCUGGAUAUAUUCCAAAUACUUUCCUAUCUAAUUAAGGUUUAAUUUCUUGCAAGACUAAAAAAGAAAGUAAUUUUUGAAGGUAAAUAUGCUAUUUAAGAUGUAAAGUUCUGCAUAUUUUAUGAGAAUGGGAAUUGUUUUUAAUGUAAUCUUUUUUACUCAUCACUUCCUUCUGAAAUAUUUUCUUUCACUGUUAGGAUUUUUUUUUUUUUUUUUUAAAUGAUGCAAAUAAUUAAUUUGUCUGAAAGGCGUGGUUUUAUGGAACAUGGAAAAGUCUCUUGUCUUUUAAUGUUUAGUAAUUAUCUUGUUUUGUUAGCAAUGUUCAACUAUUAUUCAAUCAGUUUAAUACAGUUUUAAUGUGCAAUGAUACCUUGUUUGGGUCCCAGUGUCACCACAAAGUAUGGCUUUGCUUUGUGGUAUUUACAGGACAUACGGAGUACAUACGUAUAGUGCAGUUAGGCUAUAGUUUAUGGGGGCUGUGAUGUGCACUACAGUAAGAUCACACGAAACAACAAAAAAAAAAAUGAAUGAGCAGAAUUUAAACGAAGUUUUGCAAAUCCUGUUUUCUAUGGAGGAGCGGCGUUUUCAAGGCUUCUGUUGGCUGGGACUGCUGCUUUGUGAUUUUAUAAAUUACACCGUCACUUAAUAAACGCUCACCUGACAACA